UCCUUCCCUUCCGCACGCACCGCGCGCUCCUCGCCGCCGCCAUGCCCAAGUGCCCCCGCUGCGCGAAGGAGGUCUACUUCGCUGAAAAAGUCACCUCCCUGGGGAAAGACUGGCACCGGCCGUGCUUGAAGUGUGAAAAAUGCAACAAGACCCUGACUGCAGGUGGCCACGCAGAGCAUGAUGGGAAACCCUACUGCAACCACCCUUGCUACGCUGCGUUGUUUGGACCCAAAGGGUUUGGCCGUGGCGGUGCUGAAAGCCACACGUUCAAAUGAAGCUCAG